GCGGGGCGGGGCCGGCGCAGUCGCUGAAGAGGGGGGCGGGGGAGUGAUGGUUGCAAGAUGGCGGCGCUGAAGGAGGCUAGGAGUUACGGGUUGUCGUGUGGGCGCGUGAGCGACGGCAGCAGGGUGUCGGUGUUCCACGUGAAGCUCACCGACAGUGCUCUGAAGGCUUUUGAGAGCUACCGGGCCCAUCAGGAUUCUGUGUCACUGAGACCAUCUAUCCGAUUUGAAGGAAGCCAAGGACACAUCUCUAUACCCCAACCCGACUGCCCAGAGGAGGUGCGGGCCUUCUCCUUCUACCUCUCCAAUAUUGGCCGAGACAGCCCUCAGGGCAGCUUUGAUUGCAUCCAACAAUAUGUAUCCAGCCAUGGGGAUGUACACCUGGACUGCCUGGGCAGCAUCCAGGACAAGGUCACAGUAUGCGCCACUGAUGACUCCUACCAGAAGGCACGACAGAGCAUGGCACAGGCAGAAGAAGAGACUCGGAGCCGAAGUGCCAUCGUCAUUAAGGCUGGAGGCCGGUACAUGGGGAAAAAGGUUCAGUUUCGGAAGCCAGCGCCAGGGACAGCUGAUGCAGUACCCUCCCGGAAGCGUGCUACCCCCAUUAACCUGGCAAGUGCCAUCAGAAAGAGCAGUGGAAGUGGAGCCAACAGUGUGGUACAGAGGCCCUUCCGAGAUCGGGUGCUACACCUCCUGGCCUUGAGGCCCUACAGGAAGGCUGAGCUGCUGCUGCGGUUGCAGAAGGAUGGGCUGACACAGGCAGACAAGGACACCCUGGACAGCCUGCUGCAGCAGGUGGCCAGUGUGAACCCCAAGGAUGGCACGUGCACACUACAGGACUGCAUGUACAAAAACGUGCAGAAGGACUGGCCCGGCUACUCUGAGGGUGACCAGCAGCUGUUGAAGCGCGUGCUCAUGCGGAAGCUGUGUCAGCCACAGAGUGCCACCACAGACUCCAGCCCACCCCGAGAGCACGGGCGCUCCGCCUCACCCUCUCAGAAACGGCCUACAGACUUCAUUGACCCCCUGGCCAGCAAGAAGCCCCGGAUCUCACAUUUUACACAGCGAGCACAACCUACCCUCAAUGGCAAACUGGGUGUCCCCAAUGGCCAUGAGACUCUGCUGCCCGCUCCAGGACCCACCCCAUCAGACACCCUCAGCUCUAGCCAUCUGCCCCCACGGCUGGAGCCCCCACGGACCCACGACCCCCUGGCUGAUGUCAGUAAUGACCUAGGCCACAGUACCCAGGACUACAAGCACCAGGAGGCCACCCCAGCUCCACCACCCCACCUUGGUCUUCCCCUGCUGACGGACUUUCCUCAGGCUGAGCAACCUACUAGCUCCUCACACACCCAUAGCCGACCCAAGAAGAAGUCCAAGAAGCACAAAGACAAGGAGCGACACCUUGAAGAAAGGCCCCCUGCCCCACAGCCUGAUGUACCUACUGCCCCUGUACUGCCUCCAGAUGACCCAGAUCAGAAUGGAGCCUGUGACAGUGAACCCACAUCCUCGUCAGAGACCCCGGACUACUUGCUGAAAUACCCAGCCAUCUCGUCAUCAGAGCAGCGUCAGAGCUACAAGAAUGACUUCAACGCUGAAUACAGCGAGUACCGCAGUCUGCAUGCGCGGAUUGAGCAGAUCACUCGCAGGUUCACACAGCUCGAUGCACAGCUCAGACAGCUGAGCCAGGGCUCUGAGGAGUACGAGACAACCCGUGGGCAGAUUCUUCAGGAAUACAGGAAAAUCAAAAAGACCAAUACCAACUACAGCUGCGAGAAGCGACGCUGCGAGUACCUGCACCGCAAGCUGGCACACAUUAAGAGACUCAUCGCAGAGUACGACCAGCGGCAGCUCCAGGCCUGGCCCUAGCACAGACAGGCAGUCCUGACGACUCCGCCUGCCUUUCCUAGUUUUCUAUGAACUCGGCCCUUUAGCCGCCGCAGAGACGUCUAUUUUUGUACCUUUUCUACUCCGUGCCUCCUCCAAGGCCCACGCCUCCAAGUGUUAGAAGCGAGAGUGAGCAGUGAGUGCCAGGCCCCGCUGCCUUCAGAUCCCCAGCUGACAAGGUUGCUGCAGUUUCCUGGCUGUGUCCAAAGCCCUUAGCAGCGGCCUCCGAAGCAUGUGCUCCUCAGUCCCCAACACACUGUCCUUCAUGUCACACUGUGGCUGUGUGGUCCCGUGCUGCUGGCCUUGUUUGUCCUUCCAUACAUUUGUGGGUCUUGGAAUCACCUCCAUGCUGGGGUCCCACUUGGGGGUGCUGAGGGUGGCACCUUGCUUGCCUUCUCCAGGGCUCAGGCCUGUGGCCCCAAUUGCUGCUUUCUUACUGUGCCUCGUCUCAUACCCCAAAUCCAAAUCCAAGGGGCCAUUAGUGUGCAUGUGUCUGUGUAUGUACGUGUAUAUGUGGUGUGACUGGGUUCUGAGCACAUUCAGAGGGAAGUGGUGAGGGCCACAGGGUCGCUCGCUAUUACAGCUGUAGGG